CACUCUUAACACUUGAUAUUUUUUGCAUUUACCAUCACCAUAGAUAUUUUUGAUAAUGAAGUAACAAAAAUGUACAAACUUCCCUGUAAUUCUAUUAGCAAGUAACUAAAGGAAAACAGGGCAAAUGCAAAUGGCCAUAUCAGUGGCAACUCUAUUUUCACCAAAUCAUCAUCAACUUCUCUGUUUUCCUUCUUCAUCAACUCAAUAUCUCAAAACUCACCAUUUUCAUAACCAAAGGUUUAUUCCAAGAAUACCCUUUUCAUCUUUUAGAAAUAACAACCCUUUACCAGAAACUGAGUGUCCUGUUCCACUUGACCAGCAGCCUGUUAACGAAUUCAAAGCCCUUUCUGAUUCUUUCCCUUUUUCAUGGGCUUCUGGUGACUUGGUUGAGUACUGUUCCCGUUUAUUUGCUACUGGACUUGCUUUUGCCCUCUUUGUGGGUCUUCCUGUUAACUUAUUCGGGUCGGCUGGACCCAUACCCGAACCCCUUAAACCGUUCUUGGGUGCUGUUUCUGGUGGCCUUAUUGUUGUCACUUUGGCUGUUGUGAGGAUGUAUCUUGGUUGGGCUUAUGUUGGUAACAGAUUGCUUAGUGCCACUGUUGAAUAUGAAGAAACAGGAUGGUAUGAUGGCCAGAUAUGGGUGAAGACUCCUGAAGUUUUGGCACGGGACCGCCUUUUGGGUUCUUUUUCUGUGAAGCCUGUCCUGAGUAGAUUAAAGAACACCUUGGUGGUUCUUGCAACAUCUUUGCUUGUGUGUGUAGUUGUUUUUGUCAAUAUUGAGAAUGGCCAAAAGGAUAGUUAUAUACCAUCAGAAGAAGCUGGUGGUAGAUCUGUACCAGGAGUCUACGAUGAUGAGUCUGCAAGAUCAUUUGAACCAGAUGCAUUUUGUGGUGGUGAACCUGCUGACCCUUAGUUCCUAAUAACCAACUGCUAGGCAUUCUUCAUGUACUUGUGUAUAUGGUACCAUGCAACCUUAUGUGUGUACAGUAAUAGGGUUAAUGUAUAUUCUUCCUUUCUCCAUUCUCCUAUAGUUAAUAUUCAUGCUAUUUUUCUUUUAAGGCGUGUUCGUACGAAAGAAAUAUUUUAUGAAAACUUGUUUUCUUGUUUAAACUAUUCUCUAAAAUGUUUGGUUACCUUGGAAGUGUUGACAAUAAACUUUCUGAAAGAAGGGAAAUGAUUCCCUUCGUUUGUAGAAAUUCA